AUGAGCUCCCAACCGCAGUUCAUCCAUUAUCCCGAGGUCCGCGAGGGACCGUCCGUCCCCUAUAAGAAUGAAGACCAAUCGAUUCCCGUCUUCCGAGGCCUCCCUCUAGCUAUCGGAGCUACUCUCAUCCACAACGUGAACUUCAUCCAGAGCUAUUUCUGGCGCAAUGCCGGUUUCGACAUCAUCCGCGAUAUCCCCCAUCUAAAGCAGUAUUCCGCUCGUUAUGAUCCCACCGUUAUCCCCGUUCUCGAUGAUAAGCCCGAUGGUGCCUCCUCAGUCGAGCUCCCAGUCCCAACUCAGAGGAGAAAAGGUUCCUCGGGGUACUAUACUUCCGCCGAUUACCAUGCGCUGUAUAAAUCUGGUGAAUUGACACCACUCGCCGUGGCCGAGACCCUGAUGCCAUUUAUUCGGCGAGAUGCGAAAUCCCCCGGUAAGCACUCUGUUGCGUUCCUGGACUCGCAAUCCGAGCGGGUUCGUGCGGCAGCGGAGGCGUCGACAAAGAGAUACAAGGAUGGGAAUCCGCUGGGCCCGCUGGACGGAGUGCCGGUUGUUGUAAAGGACGAGGUGCACAUUGAGGGGUACCGACGGACGCUGGGUAGUAAGCUGGACUUCACAGGCGAAUUCAAGGGGACGUCAUGGUGUGUGAAGAAAUGGGAAGAAGCCGGCGCAAUCAUCGUCGGAAAGACGACCAUGCACGAGCUAGGCCUUGAUACCAACAACAACAACCCCAACCACGGGACACCCCGCAACCCCCAUAAUCGCGACUACUACUGCGGCGGCUCGUCCGGAGGCUCCGGCUACGCCGUCAGCUCAGGCCUAGUGCCUAUCGCCCUAGGCGCAGACGGCGGAGGCUCAAUCCGAAUCCCAUCAUCCUUCUGCGGAAUCUGGGGCCUGAAGCCAUCACACGGCCGCAUUAGUGGCGCGCCAACGGUACCCCUCGCGCAAACCGUCGGCGUCCUCGGUCCCAUGGCAGCCAGCAUCGACGAUCUAGCCCUCGCAUACCGCAUCAUGGCGACGCCAGCCCCAGUAGACCAAGACCCCUCCUCCGCCACCUUCCCACACCCCCUCACCACCCUCCAAUCCGUGUCCUCUAAACCGCGCGUCAAAACCAUCGGCAUCGUCCGCGACUGGAUCGACCGAGCCGAACCCGCGGUCCGCACCGUCUUCGACCGAGCCCUCGCCUUCUACCGCAAACAAGGCUACGACGUCAUCGACAUCACCAUCCCUUACCUCCCCGAAGGCCAGCGCGCCCACGUCCUCACCAUCAUGACCGAGAUCGCCUCAGGACUCACCCCGUCCCAGAUCAGCAAGCUAACGGCCCCCAACAAGGUCCUCGUGUCCAUGGGUAUGUGGCAGAUCUCCGGCCAGGAUUUCCUCGCAUCCCAGCGCCUCCGCAACAUUAUCAUGUGUCACCUAGCCUACCUGUUCAAGGAACACCCGGGCCUCCUCAUUCUCAGCCCCAGUACCCCCAUGCCUGGCUGGAAGAUUGGCGGCGACGCGGACCUCACGCGCGGCUUAUCGGACGGGAAGUCCUCCGUGCGGAAUAUGGAGUAUGUCUGGUUGGCUAAUUUCACCGGUUGUCCGGCUAUAAAUUGUCCUGCGGGAUAUGUGCAGGAUGGAAGUCGGCUGCCCAUUGGUCUGAUGGCUAUGGGUGAAUGGGGCACUGAGGAGGACUUGAUCGCCUUUGCUAGGGAUGGCGAGGCGAUUCUGGAUCUGCCUGAGAAUCAAUUGUCGGGCAGAGAACAGGUGGAUCAGCAGUCGACUGGCCUGAGGAUUCCGUUUGGUGAAGGAUCUCUGUGGGAAGAUGUGAUUGCAAAGGCGAGACAGUGA